UUCAUUUGUUCGUCUCGAGGACAUUAAUGCGACGUACGUUGGCAUAACUGUACGUUGUGACAACACAGCACCGUGGCGAACGUUGAUCAAUGAGUCGAACUGGUUUUGACUAGAAAAAUAUUUCUUAAAAAUGCCUGUCAGUAGCGGAGUAUCAUUUGUAUUGUCAUCAAUUUUGACCGUUCUUGUAUUUUCUGGAAUGCAAAUAUACAAAGCUCCCCUGGCAUCGUCACAAAUUUAUACAAUAUUGGGAGGAUACAUUGGAUCUAUACUAUUUAUGUGUGUGUUAACUGCAAUAGGAAACCUGGAGGCAACAAUAUUUGGCAAAUCAUUUCAACAAAAGUUGUUUCCUGAAGUUAUUUUUUCAUUGAUAGUCAGCUUGAUUGCAUCAGGCUUGGUGCAUCGCGUAGCAACGACAACGUGCUUUCUGUUCUCUAUGAUUGCAUUAUACUAUAUUAAUCGAAUUUCCCAAGAAACAUACACGGUUCCAGCACCUAUGGUUUCAGUUCAUUCAAAGAAGAGAAAGUGAAGAAGUCAGAAACUUCGUAUGAUUUUGUACUUUAAGAAUUAUUCUUAUAACUAUUUUUAACUUAUGAAUUUUUGUAUAAAAUUAUUCUGUUACUA